AUAUGAAUGAGCUCUUGAAGUUCUAAUCAAGUUCUUAUUUCACGAUGUUUGGUAGAGCUACAAUGUUGGAAAUUCUAAUUACCCUCCAUACCGGUUUCUUGACGUGUUAAUCCUAGGAAAUUUGGUUUUGAAGCUAAAAUUGUUCUUCCCAUAAUAUUAAAUUGAAGAAAACUUGUUCUUGUGUUUCUUGAAAGCCAAGUUUUAUGGACCUAAACUAGUUUGAAGGUUUAUAUUAGAUACAAAAGCUUAAGGUUGUAAUCUUUUGUCACAAUGAAUACAAGAUACUUUUUUACACCAGAAUCGAUAUGCAACUCCGCGGUGGCGAUUUCAUUUUCGUUGAUUCCCAACGGGGGAGAAGAAAGGACGACAACAAAUGACGUGGCCGGCCCAAGAGUUCGGCCCGCAUCCCGGGCCACAAAUAAUGUCAUCCCUUCAUCUUUCUUGGUAAGAAUGGCAAUUAGAAUAUCAAGGGCAAGGUGGUAUACUUUUGCAAGAAGAGUGUUUCAUUAUCAAAACGGGCCAAGAUCGGAUAUCAGUUCAAACCCGUUCAAUACGGGUUCUUGGAUGUUUAUGGAGUUUUUGGGCUUGGUUUUUCAAAUUGUGAUGAUAACUUAUACUUUAUCGAUUUCUAAAGAAGAAAAACCGGUUUGGCCCAUGAGAACAUGGGCUACUGGGUAUGGAACCGGAUGUGUGUUCAACUUGGGUUUGUUGUUUUGGCGAUAUCGGGUCUUUUGUUGGACUCAAGUUGGAGUUGAACAUUCCGGUAACAUUGAGGAGUCAAGGAAUUUGCAGACGAUGAACAAAUCUCGAACAUGUAUGGAGUUGUUCUUCGCGAUUUGGUUUGUAAUGGGGAACGUUUGGGUGUUUGAUUCUCGUUUUGGAACAUUCCGUAGAGCACCAAAACUUGACAUGCUUUGCAUCUCCAUUCUUGCUUGGAAUGCGAUUACCUACUCAUUUCCAUUCAUAUUGUUUCUAUUUCUAUGUUGCUUUGUGCCACUUAUUAGUAGCGUUCUUGGCUACAACAUGAAUUCUGGCUCAAUCAAUCGUGGUGCAUCCGAAGAACAAAUCUCCAAACUACCUACAUGGAAAUAUAAAGAAAUCGACCAAGAUUUAGAACAUGGAAAAGCCAUCAUCGAUAGCUCAACAACUGAAUGUUGUAUAUGUUUAGCAAAAUACAAGGAGAAAGAGGAAAUGAGACAAUUGGGAUGUUCACAUACAUUCCAUAUGAAAUGUGUUGAUCAUUGGCUGAAAAUAGUAUCAUGUUGUCCUCUUUGCAAGCAGGAAUUGGAACGAUGACAUAUAUACAUGGUUAUGAAUAUCAAUGUACAUAUCGAUACUAUUUUUCGUUUAAAUUUUAAGAACUAUACUUCAAAUAUUGUAAGAGCACUUGGUUACUAGAGUGACAAAAGUGGGUAUCAAUUGUAGUUCACUAGUAACCCGAAGGUUUAAAUCUAUAUGUUUAUAUUAUUUUUUUGAUUUUUGAUUGUUUUGUUCUUGUACAAAAGCAAUGUAUAAAGGUGAAGGGGGAUGGAGUGGACUUGCCCCAAUACCCAGAUCUUCAUUGCAAA